UUUCUCUGCUAAAUCUUGCGGAUUCUGAGCAAUCUGGGAAAGGCCCUUUUGUUCACUGUUUCAGUGAAGAAGGGGUUUUGUAAUAAAGUUUGGUUGUUUUGGCAAGUAGUCCAAGGAAGAAACAAAUACCUGUCUGGCUUGGUCGACUGGAAUAUUUGCGGACCAUGUGCGAGAUGUAAUAGUCGAUGGCAUGAAUUUCUUAUAUCAUCGUGUAUAUAGAAAAUCCAAGCCCCAUCAAAAAAUAGCAAGACAGAGAAAAUCCAGAAAAGGGAACAAAAGAAAAAGGAAAGGGAAAACAUAGCAAAAGACUGGGCGGAGGAAUUGUAGCUCGCUGCCAGCACCGGAACUUUCCACCACCACCUGCGAAUCUUCACCGAGAGAGAGCACUGAAUAAAGAGCAGAUUUAAAUUCAUCAUGGGCAGCGAUAGGAGCAGUAGAAGCAGGAGGGAAAUAUCCUCAUCCAAGUCCAGUCAUAAUCGUGGCAGCGAUGAUGACAGACAUCAAAAGAAGAAUAGAAAAAUCACUGAGGAUGAUAUUGCCGAGUACUUGGCAAAGAAAGCUCAAAAAAGGGCAGCAAAAGUUGCAAAGAAAUUGAAGGCCCAGAAUAUUUCUGGAUAUGGUAAUGAUUCAAAUCCAUUUGGAGAUUCCAAUCUAAAUGAAAGAUUUGUGUGGCGCAAGAAGAUUGAACGCGAUAUCACCGAAGGCAUGCCACUUGAAACGUUUUCAUUAAAGGCAGAGAAAAAGAGACAGAGAGAAAGAAUGGCAGAGAUUGAAAAGGUGAAGAAAAGAAGGGAAGAAAGGGCUAUCGAGAAGGCACAGCAUGAAGAAGAAAUGGCAUUAUUAGCAAGGGAACGUGCUCGAGCUGAAUUUCAAGACUGGGAGAAGAAAGAAGAAGAGUUCCAUUUUGAUCAAAGCAAGGUUAGGUCAGAGAUACGGUUGCGAGAAGGCCGCACUAAGCCGAUUGACAUUCUUACUAAGCAUCUCAAUCCUUCAGAUGACUUGGAUAUAGAAAUAAAUGAACCAUACAUGGUCUUCAAGGGUUUAACUGUAAAAGAAAUGGAAGAACUUCAUGAAGACAUUAAAAUGCAUCUCGACUUGGACAGGUCAACGCCAACACAUGUCCAGUAUUGGGAGGCACUGCUGGUGGUUUGUGAUUGGGAACUCGCUGAAGUUCGGAAAAAGGAUGCUUUGGAUCGAGCCAGAGUGCGUGGAGAGCGACUACCUCCUGAGUUACUUGCUGAAGAGAGGGGAAUGCAUUCAAGCAUUGAGGCUGAUGUCAAGAGGCUCCUACAAGGGAAAUCCUAUGUCGAACUAGAAGCUCUACAGUCUCAGAUUGAGGCACAGAUGCAGUCUGGUACAGCUAAGGUGGUUGAAUAUUGGGAAGCUGUUCUUAAACGUCUCCACAUCUUCAAGGCUAAGGCUUGUCUGAAGGAAAUCCAUGCCAAAUUGCUACGCAAGCAUUUACAGCGCCUUGAGAAACCUUUGGAAGUUGGAGAUAGUGAAAGAGAGUUGACUCCACAGCCUGACGAGGAAGAUGCCAGUAGUGAUGGAAAAGGUGUUGAAACACUCUCUCCUGAACCUAUAAUGCGUCAAGAGACUCCAGAGUUGGAUGAAGAGGCUGGAUCAUAUUCGCCGCAGUUGAUUCAUGGCGAUGAAAAUGAAGAAGCAAUUGACCCAGAAGAGGAUAUGGCUAUACUGGAGAGGAAGCGUAUGGCUGUCUUGGAAGAAAGGCGUCUCCAAGAAUUGACCGUAAGGCCUACUCCUCCUGAGGAUAACUUCGAGAAGAAAGCCAUGAAAGCAAUGGGAGCCAUGGAGGAAGGUGAUGCAGUAUUUGGCUCGAAUGACGAAAUAAAUCUUGAUUCACAGGUCUAUUGGUGGCAUGAUAAGUACCGACCAAGAAAGCCGAAGUAUUUCAAUCGUGUCCACACUGGUUAUGAGUGGAAUAAAUACAAUCAAACCCACUAUGACCACGAUAACCCGCCCCCGAAGAUUGUACAAGGCUACAAAUUCAACAUUUUCUAUCCAGAUCUUGUUGAUAAAGGGAAAGCUCCAACUUAUGCCAUCGAGAAGGAUGGCGAUAGUUCAGAGACCUGCAUCAUCAGGUUCCAUGCAGGGCCACCUUAUGAAGACAUUGCAUUCCGGAUAGUUAACAAGGAAUGGGAGUAUUCACACAAGAAAGGGUUCAAGUGCACAUUUGAACGUGGAAUACUGCAUUUGUACUUCAACUUCAAAAGAUAUAGAUACCGGAGGUGAUCCCUUGGCUGUCUAUUUGGAACAAGAAAUGCUGCAUCAUAAUUUUCAUUUUCUUGAAAAUUUUGUAGUACCAUUUUUGGUUUACAUGUUUUUGCCAAAGAGUAAAUAUUGACCCGUCUGAAAGUGUAGAAGCUGAAUGUUUAAUAUUGGUUGUAAAACACAGUAUUAGUAAUUUACCAUUUCGAAGAAACUCCAAUUUAUUUUCUUCACGAGUUUCCUUUUACGAA